AUAUGAUGUAUGCUAUACGCAGAGAAUGUAGAUUCGUAUAUUUUACAUUCUCUGGCUAUACGUUCUCUGCUUACAGGUGCGAACUCAUGUGUAGUAAAUUGGCAACGCGCUCAUAAGCGCUGGUAUCAGAGAAUGCAGAUUAUUUUACAUUCUCUGCUGGAAUUUCCACAAUAAAUCUUUGCUGUUAACAAUUCCUCUAUUCUUUCUUCGAUCGCGGCGACAAAAGAAUGGUAAUUUUGGCAAAAUUUAUUUAAACGGAUUCCCAAAAAGGUUAAUAGGCACAAUCGGCUGAUACAUUAUCGAAGUUUUACUGUACACCAAGUGAUAGAUUUCUCUCAAUACCACACAAUAACAUUUCAUUUUGAUUUAGUUCUUUGUUAAAUUAAUAAAACGUCGCUUAUUUAAAUUUUACUAAAGGUAUGGCAUUAAGAGCAUUUGGAAAUAAAUAUUUUUCGCCUUUCGCUUUACGGACUGCUGUUAUCACAAAAGUGGAGCGCAACAUGAGUAGUACCAUUUUGCAUAAACAUGAUGGAGAUUUGAAAUAUCAUACACUAAAUAUCAAUACACCAAAACAAUUUGUUUACCAUGUCGAGCUUAAUCGACCAAAACAAUUAAAUGCUUUCAACAAGGACCUGUUUGUUGAAAUUAAGAAGUGUUUUGAGAGCCUUAGCACCAAUCCUGACUGCCGCGUGGUUGUUUUAUCAGGCUUAGGAAAACACUUUAGUGCAGGACUUGAUUUAGUCGAUGGUAUGAAGUUGAGUCAAGAAUUAGGUGCGGUUGAUGAUGUAGCACGAAAAGCAGCUUUGCUAGAGAACACAAUUAAACUCUAUCAAGAUUCGAUAUCUUCUUUGGAAAUAUGCCCCAAGCCUGUUAUAACAGCUGUACAUUCGGGUUGCAUCGGCGCAGGUGUUGACCUUAUAACUGCUGCAGAUAUACGCUAUUGUAGUGAAGAUGCAUUUUUCUGCAUUAAAGAAGUUGACAUUGGUAUGGCCGCAGAUGUAGGUGUAUUACAACGAUUACCAAAAGUCGUGGGGAAUGAGUCAUUGGUACGGGAACUUGCCUAUACUGCGAGACGUUUUGGUGCUGCCGAAGCUCAUAGCUUCGGUCUGGUUAGCAAAGUUUAUCCAUCCAAGGAAGCUUGUGUCGAGGGUGCAUUGGAAUUGGCUGCAAUCAUCGCUGAGAAAAGCCCAGUGGCAGUGCAGGCCACAAAAGCAAAUAUAAUUUACUCAAAACCUAGACCAAAUCAGGAUGGUUUAGAUCAUAUACGACAAACGAAUAAGUUAAACUUGCAAUCCGAAGAUUUCGCCACUGCAGCUGUAGCAGCAUUAACCAAGGAACAACCAACAUUUUCAAAAUUGUAAAAGCAAAAGUGAUUCAUUUUUUAAGCAUAAAGUUUUUUAAACUAAAAUUUAAAAUAAAUGAAUAAAAAAAACUGUAUAUACUAUAAAUUAUAU